AUGACACUUCCACCCACUUCUGGCAUUUACUUCUUUCCCGAAGACGAUGUACCCCCACCCGGCGACCCAAUUUACGACCGGCAACGAGGUCAACCUCCGUUUGUGGGCGGCGUCGGUGUGAACCAGUUCACUGCGAUACCCGGCGGCUAUAGCCACCAACUAGCUGCACACAUGGACCCCAAUUAUCCACUACCGGUAUCACCGAUGCGACAGCAGGUCUUCCUUCCGCUGGUGCAAGUCUCGUACCAAUGUCAAAUCCUCACGACAGCCGCCCGGACAACGCUCACACAAAUAUUCUACCACCCGGGGAACCAACCGAUUUCAAAAGCAACAUACACAUUCCCGCUUUAUGCUAACUGUUCUGUCGUCACUUUUGUUUGCAGAGUGGGUAAAAGUAAGGUUAUCAGCGGUGUCGUCAAGCCGAAGGAAGUUGCGAAACGGGUAUACGAGAGCGCGACUAGAAGCGGGCAAAUUGCGGGGCUGUUGGAGUACAACACCCCGGAUGUUUUCACCACUAGUAUCGGGGGUAUACCCGCUAGCGUAGAGAUUAAG